GCGGCGCGUCACUCUGCGGGCGGAGAUACGCCUCUGUGGUGGUGUCCUCUCUCUAGCUCUCUCUCUGGCUCUGACUGACUGACUGAAGUCCUAGCGGUCCCUAACUGGUCACUUCCACGGGCAGCAUGCAUACAAACAGGGCUCCUGCCAACAGCGUCAGCGCAGACAACUGCAUCCCGGCUGGCCUGCGCCUCGGUCCCAUCGUGGGCAUCUUUAAACUUGGGAAAUACCUUUCAGAUCGCAGAGAGCCUGGACCAAAGAAAAAGGUGCGGUUUGUAAGAGGGGAGCUGUUGGAUGAAUCUGGGGUUCCCUCUCCAGAAUGGAUAGGACUAAUCCGUGCGGCCAGAAAUAGCCAAGAACAGAAUAUUGAAGCUUUCUCUGACUUGCCAGGAGGACAGAUAUACUACAGAACUCUCCGGGAGGUGCAGGCAGGAGAAGAGCUCACCGCCUGGUACUCCAAUUCUUUGGCUCAAUGGCUUGACAUCUCAACUACUGCUACUCCUACCCAUGACGAGAAAGGUGAAGAACGAUUUAUUUGCUGGUACUGUUGGAGAACAUUUAAAUUUCCAAACACUCUGAAAGCUCACAUCCACUUUCACUGCACACUAAAUAACGGCAGGGGAUUUCUCAACAACGAGCAAGUCAGAAGCUCAGAGCUUUUCACCGUGUCUCCUAAAAUCUCGGAUAGCGUUUCCAAUACGACCUCUGCGCUGAGAAGUAAUCUCCUUCACGCCAACGGCGCAAGCAGGGACUCUAUAAAAAGGGAGUCAUCCUUAUCUCCAGCACUCAAUAAAUUGGGAGUGAUCAAGAAGACUCUAGGGAAAGAGGAGCAGGACCGGGCAUUGGACAUGAGCGUGACUUCUGCUAGGAAUCAAGGACAAUUCAUUGGCAUAGUGGGCAAUGCCUGUGGUGGGAAUGGCAUGGCUUUUUAUCCGGGUAUCAGGUCCGCCUUCAAACCCACCGGACUGUCUAAAUUACCUCAUGCUGAAUCCCCCAGAGAGGACACGAAAGCCGGUAGUUUGGGCUUCAGUAAACUUUUAAGCGGCACCAAACCAACCCGAUCAGGGAACGAGGCUUUGCUGAGCAACCAUCAUACCAAGUGCUUGCACCCAGCAGAUGGACCUUCCAAUGUCCUCUCUUGUACCGCUGGCCUGAGGGGGUUCCCAAUACUGUCUCAUUUGGAUGAAACGUCAGCAUUUAAACACGUGGAGAGGGGGGUCCAUGCCAGCAUCUCCCCCAGCUCUCGCUACCACCAGAUCCCACCAGCAGGGCUUCAUUUCGAGAGGUUCUCCAUCCCUCAGUUUGAAGGCAUCAAGUCCUACUCCGCGGAAUGUAACAUCCCAGUUAUGCCUUUCACCGUAUACAAUGGGGAGCUCCUGUACAGCGCCCCCUAUUACCCCUUCAAGCUUCACUUCAGCAACCUCAUCAAGUACCCGGAGUCUGUGUCUUACUUCAACGCUGGGCCAACCAUGAAUCCAGAUUUGGGUUCCAUCACCACCAGCAUUGACCGUGAGAUCGCCAUGCACAGCAACCAGCUGUCUGAAAUAGCCGCAGAAAAGAGCAGAGCUGGGAGGCUGGACGGCCUGGCAGGGGGUGCAGCCCCGGGAACUGGCAAACCCAAAAAGGGGCAUCUCUGCCUUUACUGUGGCAAAUUGUACUCUCGCAAAUACGGUCUGAAGAUCCACAUGAGGACUCACACGGGCUACAAACCGCUUAAGUGCAAGGUUUGCCUUAGGCCAUUUGGGGACCCCAGCAACCUGAACAAACACAUCCGCUUGCAUGCGGAGGGAAACACUCCUUACCGCUGCGAACACUGUGGGAAAGUACUAGUAAGGAGAAGAGACCUGGAAAGGCAUGUCAAGUCAAGACAUCCAGGACAGAGCCUAAGUACCAAGGACCAGGAACAAAAUGACUCUUCCUACCCUCAGCCAGAGCCCAAGAGCGAGGACAAUGACAGUGAGGUGGAUGUUUGCUUCACGGAUGAGCAAAGUGACCAGGAGAUAGGGGGCAGCAAAGAGCACUAAAGUCUGCACAUAGACAUUGAGA